AUGGCGCCGGUGGGCGGGGGCGGGUGCCCGGGCGGCGGGCCGGCCCGAGGGCGCCUCCUCCUGGCGGCGCUGGUGCUGCUGUGGGCGCGGGGGGCCAGGGGCCAGAGCAGCCCCCAGCAGAGCGCGAUCCUGGGCAUGAGGCUGGCGAGCUGCAACAAGUCGUGUGGGAUGAACCCGGAUGGCAUCAUCUUCGUGUCCGAGGGCAGCACGGUGAACUUGAGGCUUUACGGCCACAGCCUGGGCGAUAUCUCCAGCAACCUGAUCUCCUUCACCGAGGUGGACGACUCCGAGACGGUCCAAAAUACCACCAACUGCCUGGAGCUCACCAAGGACUUGGUGGUCCAGCAGCUGGUCAACGUGAGCCGCGGAAACACGUCCGGGAUGCUGGUGGUGCUCACCAAGUUCCUCCGGAGGAGUGAGAACAUGAAGCUGUACGCUCUAUGCACCCGAACCCGGGUCGGCGGGCCCUGGCUCAAGUGGACCGACAAGGACUCGCUCCUUUUCAUGGUGGAGGAGCCAGGAAGGUUCCUUCCCCUUUGGCUGCACAUCCUCCUCGUUUUGGUGCUUCUAGUGUUUUCAGGCAUAUUUUCUGGCCUCAACCUGGGGCUUAUGGCCCUGGAUCCAAUGGAGCUGCGCAUCGUGCAGAACUGUGGAACUGAGAAGGAGAGAAAAUAUGCCCGCAAGAUAGAGCCCAUUCGGCGCAAGGGUAACUACUUGCUCUGCUCCCUGCUCCUGGGAAACGUGCUAGUCAACACCUCCCUCACCAUCCUUCUGGACAACCUCAUUGGGUCCGGCCUUAUGGCAGUGGCCUCCUCCACCAUUGGCAUUGUCAUCUUUGGGGAGAUCGUACCUCAGGCCCUGUGCUCCCGACAUGGGCUGGCUGUGGGUGCCAACACCAUUGUUCUCACCAAAAUCUUCAUGUUGCUCACCUUCCCCCUCAGCUUUCCCAUUAGCAAGCUCCUGGACUUUUGUUUGGGUCAGGAGAUUCGCACUGUUUACAAUCGGGAGAAGCUGAUGGAGAUGUUGAAGGUGACAGAGCCCUAUAAUGACCUGGUGAAAGAGGAGCUAAAUAUGAUCCAGGGUGCCCUGGAACUACGGACCAAAACUGUGGAGGAUGUCAUGACACAGCUCCACGACUGUUUCAUGAUCCCCAGCGAUGCCAUUCUGGAUUUCAACAGAAUGUCGGAGAUUAUGGAAAGUGGCUAUACUCGCAUUCCUGUGUUUGAAGACGAGAGAUCCAAUAUUGUAGAUAUUCUUUACGUCAAAGACCUGGCCUUUGUGGACCCUGAUGACUGCACCCCACUUAAGACUAUCACUCGUUUCUACAAUCACCCGGUACAUUUUGUCUUCCAUGACACUAAGUUGGAUGCCAUGCUGGAGGAGUUCAAGAAGGGGAAGUCCCACUUGGCCAUUGUGCAGAAGGUGAACAAUGAGGGUGAAGGUGACCCCUUCUACGAGGUGUUGGGCCUGGUCACCCUGGAGGACGUCAUUGAGGAGAUCAUCAAGUCUGAGAUCCUGGAUGAGUCAGACAUGUACACUGACAACCGAAGCCGGAAACGAGUAGCUGAGAAGAACAAGCAUGACUUCUCAGCCUUCAAGGACCCUGAUAACGAACUCAAAGUAAAAGUCUCACCUCAGCUCCUCCUGGCUGCUCAUCGCUUCCUGGCCACAGAGGUACCCCAGUUUAGCCCCUCUCUGAUAUCAGAGAAAAUCCUGCUGCGGCUGCUCAAGUACCCAGAUGUCAUUCAGGAACUCAAGUUUGACGAGCACAACAAGUACUACGUGCGCCAUUACCUGUACACCCGGAACAAGUCAGCUGACUACUUCAUCCUCAUCCUCCAGGGAAGGGUGGAGGUGGAGGCAGGGAAGGAGAACAUGAAGUUCGAGACGGGUGCCUUUUCAUAUUAUGGGACCAUGGCCUUGUCCUCAUUGCCCUCUGACCGCUCCCCAGCCCACCCUUCCCCACUCAGCCGCUCAGCCUCUCUCAGUUACCCGGACCGCAACACAGAUACAGGGACCACACCCACCCUGGCAGGCAGCAGCAACCAGUUUGGCAGCUGCAUCAUGGGUCAGUAUAUCUCUGACUUCAGCGUGCGGGCGCUCAUGGACCUGCAGUACAUUAAGAUCACAAGGCAACAGUACCAGAAUGGGCUGCUGGCCUCACACCUGGAGAACAGUCCUCAGCUCCCUGUGGAUAGCUGUGCCACCUGCUCAGAGAACUGUGCUGACAAGCCUGAGCUGCCCGCGGUGGACGAGACCACCACUCUUCUCAACGAGCGCAACUCCUUGCUGAACAAAGGUUCCCAUGAGAGUGCCAUCUGACAGGGGGGCCCGGGGACCCCCGCCCACCCUGCGGGGGCCUUCCCAGAGGGCCCACAUGAAGCCAAGGAGCCUGUUAGGCCAGAAGGGAUACAGGUAGAUACCUGCAUGACUGAGCAGCCAGACAGCCCUGCACAUGGGGAUCUGGUCACAGACGGGGACCUCUCAACAACUCUGGUGGGGCCUGACUAGCCCUGCUCCAGUGGGACGGCAGGCCUGCUAGUGAGUGAAGGCCAUUUUUUACUGAGAGAAUUUCUAAGCUAGGCUUAUUGCUCCUCUUUUUAAAUACCAUUUUGGGAAGGGAAGACAGGGUUAAAGAACUUUAUGUUCACAAAUUAUUUUUUUCAAAACAGAAAAAAAAAAAAAAAACUU